CGGUCCUUCCAGUACGAGAGCAUAUUCGCUGAGAGACCAAAUAUUACAACAGACAGAGCAUGGCUAGGCUCAUUCCCGACACAAGGCGGCUUCUUCAAGCACCCCCAACUUGCCCCCGACCGAUCCACAUUUGCCGUAUUCCAUCAAUUGCACUGCCUUGAUGGUCUUCGCCACGCGUACUGGACUCUCCUCGACAUUUCGCAGAGUGGAGCGAAGCUGGAUAAAUCCGCACUUCCUCAUCAUGCGACGCCUAGCCAUGUCCGGCACUGCAUUGAUCUGCUCCGGCAAGCGUUGAUGUGCCAACCGGACCUCACCAUCGAAGUUCAGAACGACGAACUGGGCGGCGUUACUGGCUUCGGCACCGAGCACGUUUGCGCUGAUUGGAAACAACUUAUUGAGUGGACCUCGCACUGGGAGAACUACGAUCAAACUCCACCUCCGGAUACGGAACCUGAGCUCCCUAGCCGUCAUUCCAGCCAUGCACAUCCAAAUCAUCACAGCAUACCUGUGCAGUGA